UGAAAUCUGUCGCAAGAGACGUGACAUCGUGAUAUUAUACUCUGUUUAUAUGCUUUAAAACGAACAUCAUUGUGUCUUACAGUCGUGUGUUUUGUAUACAUGAAACUUCGUUUGUAAAUUCGUAAAUAUGUCCGUUUCGACAAAAUAAUUUUCAAUGCAUUUCACAUUUUUUUUACACAAUUAAGAAUGGCAUUAUAUAAUCCUUCAAAUGAUUAACAAAUGAAACUACAUGAAAACAUAAUUACAUCUCGAAUAUAUAUUAUUAAAAAUAUAUAUAAUUAAAAAAUAAAUAAAAAAUUAAUAUAUAAUUAAAAAAAAAAAAGGAAAUCGUUUAUAUAAAACUUGUGAAUUUAUUAUUUCCGAGUUUAUUUAUACUGGCUGACAGUUAACCAAAGAAGAAAUUUCGUAAUCAUUUCGCGACAGUAAAUCAUAUAAUAUUGCAAUAAAACAUUUUAAUCAUUUAUUAUUAUUAAUAUCCGUUUUAUACUACGAGAAGAAUUCAUACAAAAAAGAGAGAGAAAGUAUUUACGCUUCCUCUUUUUUAAUUUUUGAAAAAUUCGAAAGAUAAUUAAUCGAAUAUCGAUUUAUCUUAUCGAAAUAUGAACUUCUCACGAAUUUGGUGCGUAAUCUUCGUGAUAGCCGCCGCGUGCACUUGCGGUGUGCGCACGGAAUGCGGUGAAUCCGCACAAAUUUCGCUGCUAACGAGCGUGCACUACGAUGCAUCGUGCACGAAGCUAUCGACAAAGGGCGUUUUACUCUACGAGGCCGCCAAGCUCUUCGCUGAGAUUCACAAUAACAAAACCGAUGGAUUCAAAAUCGGAGUUACUGUUUUCGAUACAUGCGGAACUAUAACGGGUGCUUUGAAAGCGGUAAUGAAGGCUCUCGUGUGGGCAAAUAUCAACUGUCUGCACCCACCUCAUUAUUUAGGUAUUAUCGGACCGGACACUAUGACAAAUGCUGAAGCAGUUCACAAAGUGACUUCGAUAUUGAAAGUGUCGCAUAUCGUCAGAAAACCAUCGAUUUCUCCGUAUUUGCAUUAUUUGGCGGAGGAAUCAGAUUCCUAUCUAAUACAGGGAGUCUUGAGAAUGAUAGAAAUCUUAAAGUGGAAGUCCUUCACGUUAGUAGCUAAUAUUAAUGAUGAAAAUGAUAAUGGUAUACAAAAUGUUGCAAAAAAACUAACAAUAAAUGCUAUUGCUAAGAAUUUAUGCGUUAUAAUUGAUGAUAACGACGAGAAAGAUUAUACAUCCCACAUCGUGCAUAUUGGAAAACCGAAGAAGAAGUUUUUCAACGAUUCUAUCAACGCAACUAUACUAAUUAUCAGCGAAGGAAAUUUGAAAGAUUACUUAAAUCUCAUAAAAUCAACUAACACUAUAUUGCUCUUGGAAGAUUCUAGAAAUGUAAUUAACGAUCUGGAAUGGAGAGUUGAAAAUUCGGAAUGGAUGCCUAAAAAUGGCUCUGGAAAGUACGAUGUCGAGGAUCUGAGACAAGUCAGAUGGUUAGAGAAUGCCAUAGGAAUUUAUGUGAAGACUUUAAAAAUGUUAUGCAAAAACAAGAGAUGUAAGAAUGAAAUAAACCCUCUGGAUUGGAAUCACAUGAUAUCGAACAUGUUAUUGACAGACAACACGGAAUCGCAGAAAGCAUCGAGAUCUCUCGAUCUGUCCGUAAAGACAAGCACAAGUAAUCUAGAGCGCCUAGGUAGCGUGAUCGUUCGGCAGAAUAGGGCCAAAAUUUAUUGGGACGGGGGCAAAUGGGACGAAAAGGAGAAAAGCAAUGUGGAAGGAACCGAAAAAAGCCAUGCAAUGUCAGAGAACGACGACGAGGACGUGCCGUAUACGUUCAGGAGAUUCCUGAAUCGAGAGAAUGAACCGUUAACAGGAUGCGCCACGACCGUCAAGGAGAUCAAGAAGCUACGGGAAAGCGAGGAUAGCGAGAGGAUCUUAGUUUCGGGAAUGGACGAUAACGAGUGGUGGACAAUGGUGUACACGGUAAGCGGCGUGGGAAUGGCGAUGUUCCUGGUGGGAAGCUUCGCGGUCUACAUUGUCUACGUCAACAUAAACGGACUGAGGUGUUCUAAGAGUAAAGAUUAUUCGGAUAGAGAUACCAGUCUGAGGAGAAUAGGAAGCGACAGGGAAUUACCUACGACCAUAACUACCCGCAACCAGCGAGCACCGCGUGCGCCACAAAGGACGGACAGCGAAAGGAGUACUAUAUCCGAGAAAAGCGUUUAACCUGAGAGCUAAUAAAUAAACGAUAAACUAAUAAAUAUAUAAAAAUUAAAUGAAGCAAGCGCUCUGAAUAAAAGAUAAAAAUCUGCUUUAAAAUAAGAGUCAAAGUAGUUUAACGUAUUGCGUUUCUUCGUCAGCAAGUUUCAUAAUCGUAUUAUCUCGAUAAAUAUCUUUUAAUAUGUAAUAUUAUUUUUAGUAUUAUUUAUAAGGUCCAGUAAUAUAAAUUAGACAGUAUUUAGGAUCAAGUACGACAUGUGUAUAUCGACGAUAUGCAUAACUUCCAAGUAUGAUAACUUUAUCUCUCGUAAUAAACUAAAAUAAGAUCUGCAAAAAUCACAAUUAAAUAUUUCUUAUACACAUGCAUAUUUGAUUUAUCAUAAUAAUUGUAUAAACACACAAUACGAAUCUAUAUAUAAGCAUAAUUACUAAAUUCUUUAUUUUUGCGUUACAUUUUAUAUUAUUUUUUUUUUUAUAUUUUAAUCGUUAUAAAUAUAACAUACUAUCAUGUAUUGUGUGUUAUAAAUCACGAACUAAAGCUUUAUUACAUUUGCCUUUUAUCAUGCAAUUACUCGACAAUAACACGAUACGCGAAAAUCGACCUUCACCUUUCCUCAAGAUUAUUAAUCGCGCAACAAAAGAGAAUAAAACUUCCGGCACGUAGAAGCCUGCGUCGCAUAAUAAAGGGUAAGGUAUUGCCGCGGAUGUGACAGAUUAAGAUGGUAAAACGGGGUUAUGCUUGACUGAAUAGGCGGGCUAUUGUUCCCGCCACUUGACGCAAUCAAAUGAUCAAUCAAUCCAUGUUGCGUAACAUGCAAAAACCUCUACCUAACACGCACAUUGUCGCAACCGUUCAAGAUAAUCGGAGAUCGGUCCGCGAGAAACCGAACCAUGCAAAUACAUCGCAAUCUGCAUGGCAAUGUUCUUUCUCGGUCAAGGUGAGACAAUUGCGAGUAUUACGUGUCAUAUAUAUGUAUAUAUGAGUGUGAGGAUAUUGAAAAAAAAAACAUUACGAUCGUACGAAACUCCGAUUCUCUCUCCGAGUUUCCGAUACUCGGAAAAAAUUGUAUU